AUGGGCUGGUACCGCAGCUCGCCGUCCUCGCCCUCCACCUGCUCGUCCCCCAUAAUCCACUCGCCCAGGACGCAGUUCUUGUUGGCGAACCCCUCCUCGUCGACGAGCGCGAAGAGGUUCCCGAAGGCGCCCCUGGUCUGGUCGUCCAGGCCGUCUCCUUCUCCUUCUUCGCUUCCGACUCCGUCACCAUCACCACUCCUCUCCUUCCCCUGCCUAAUCGUCUUGAUGAACGCCUCAACCUCAGCCACCCCAGCGCCCGCCCAGCCGUUCUCUCCAGGAAACUCAGUCCGCACGGGCGGCGUCGCCGCAGCCACGAGGUCCGGCUUCCCCUCCGCGUUCAGCACCUGCACGCCGCGCAGCAACCGCGUCGUCACGAGCCGUAAGCAGUCGCCGGCGCCGAACUCGCGGUCGCGCAGGUGCAGAAGCAGGCGGCUGACGGCCUUGACAUCAGCAGCGGGCGCGGUGAUGAAGAGGAGACCCGAGCCCGGCGAGUUCGACAAAGUCCACGUCCCCUGGGAUGAGGUCUACGCCAUGAUGUGCAACCUCGAUAUCGGCAAUAUGGACUUUGAUGACUACUGCGCGGAUGAUCGGUUUGGCGACUUUGAGGAGCAGGGAGGCCCCUGGAGGGGCAAGUGGUGGACUUAUGCUGGCGUGGGCGAGGAGAUGAGCGAGGGUGUGAGGGCGAAGCUGGAUGAGGACAUUAGGAGGUUGGAGGAGGAGCGUUUGGCGUGA